UCCCAGGCGGGGGGCAGGAGGCCCAGCCUGACCUGUGACCUGCCCCCCUCCAGGCUUGGACAUGAUGGUGGGGGUCUCACUGCUAAGGUGUCAUGGGCUCGUGGCCGUGGUGUGCGGGGCUGCUGGUGUCGGCGCUGGAAGCGUGGGUUGCAGCUGCUGUGAGCCUGGAGCCGGUGUACUGGAACACAGCGAACAAAAAGUUUGCAGGCGCAGGCGGCUAUGUGCUGUACCCACAGAUUGGCGACCGGCUAGACCUGAUCUGUCCAGGGGUGCGGGGCGGGCGUGCGGGGCUGCCGGGCGAGGCCUACGAGUGGUACAAGCUGUACCUGGUGGGCGGCGCAGCCGCGGCGCGGUGUGAGCUGCCCCCCACUCCUGGCCCCGCGCCAUCCGGCCCCACGCCUGCCCUGCUGCUUACCUGUGACCGGCCCGAGCGCGACGUGCGCUUCACCAUCAAGUUCCAGGAGUUUAGUCCCAACCUCUGGGGCCAUGAAUUCCGUGCCCGCCAGGACUAUUACAUCAUCACCACGUCCGACGGCACCAAGGAGGGGCUGGAGAACAUGAAAGGCGGUGCCUGCCUGAGCCGGGGCAUGAAGGUCAUCCUCAAAGUGGGGCAGAAUCCCGGCUCUGUCUCCCCCAAGUCCAGGUCGGAGGCGCCGGCAGUGAAGGACCGAGGCACCCUGGGUGGGGCUGACCCCAGCAAGGACGGCAGCCCAGGCUCCGGGAAUGGGACAGGGCGUGCAGGGGGGGCGGAUGGCCCCCUGCCCCAGUCUAAUGUGCCGGCCGUGGCAGGGGCGGCAGGGGGUGCAGCUGUAGUGGCACUGCUGGCGGCCGGUGUGACAGGCACCGUGUGCUGGCGGCGCCGUCGAGGAAAGCACAGUGACACCCACCACCCGCCCCUGUCGCUUGGGGCCUUGGGCAGCCCUGGCAAGCGUGGGGGAGGUGGCGGGGCUGGUGGGGGUGGGGGGGCUGGCAGCGGGGGCAACAACAAUGGCUCAGAGCCCAGCGACAUCAUCAUCCCACUGCGGGCAGCUGACGGCGCCUUCUGCCCCCACUAUGAGAAGGUGAGUGGCGACUAUGGGCACCCCGUCUACAUCGUCCAGGAGAUGCCCCCCCAGAGCCCCGCCAACAUCUACUACAAGGUAUGAGGGGCGGGGAGCCGGCUCCUCCCCCCCCUGUGGCCUCGCCCCUCCUGUGGCUUGGCCCUGCCCCCCCCAGCGCUUGAGGGGUGAAUGGAGAUGGAUCCGGCCCUUCCUGGCACUGAUGGGGUUAAUGGAGACAGAUCAAGCCCACCCCACCCCCAGCACCAAUGGGGUUAACAUAGACAGAUCCAGCCCGUUCAGGACUGACAGGGUUAACGGAGACAGAUCCGGCCCUUCCCAGGACUGACGGGGUUAACAUAGAUCCAGGCCCCCCCAGCACUGACAUGGUUAACAGGUUAAUGUAGAGGGAUCCAGCCCCCCUAGCACUGAUGGGGUUAAUGGAGAUAGAUCCAGCCCCUCCAGCACUGACAGGGUUAAUGGGAUCCAGUCCCCCCCCCACAUUGAGAGGGGUUAAGGGAAAUAGAUCCAGCCCCCCCCCCACUGACAGCGUUAAUGGAGAUGGAUCCAGCCCAUCCCCCCAGCACUGAUGAGGUCAAUGGAGGUGGAUCCAGUCCCCUCAACACUGAUGGGGUUAACAGAGAGAGAUCCAGCUUCUCUCCCGCCACUGGCUCCCCGCAGUAAUGGUUAAUGAGAUCCAGCCCCUCCAGCACUGAUGGGGUUAAUGGAGAUUGAUCCUGUCCCCUCUAGCACUCACUGGGUUAAUGAGGUUCCCCACCCACCCCCCCAGCACUUACAGGGAUAAUGGAGAUGGAUCCAGUGGGGGGCAGCACUGAUGGGGUUAGGGGGGUUGGCUCUCACCCCUCUGGUGAUGCAAGGAUUUAUGGCUCCCCCCCACCAGGACCCUCCCCCUGCUGGCUCCCAUAGGGGAGUUAGGAAGUGAUAGGUUUAAUGGGAAUCUCUCCCCUCCUUCCCCUCCCCUUGUCCCCCCCCAAGCACAUAAGGCUGGCUGUGUGGCCUCAAGGGGGUGGGGCCUGUCUUAUCCCAGUUGGUUGGGUGGGGAUGGUGUGGGCGGGGCUGGAAACAACCAGACCAAGAUGGCCACUGUCCCCUUAACCUCCAGCAAAUGGGGGUCAGAACCAGGCCUGGGGAAGGGAUUCUAUUCUCCCCCAGCUCUGGAGGAAGCAGACAGGAAGUGACACUACCUGACAGGAACUGAGGAGUAAAGGCCUCCAACUAGGGCAGGACUUCCUAUUUUGGUUGGGGAAGGCAGGGACCCAGACUUCCUGGUUUGGGUGCUUACGGGGGGCCAGGACUUCCUGUUUUAGACACCAACGAGGGUUGGGUCUUCCUAUUUUGGACACUGAUGGGGGCCAGGACUUCCUGCUUUGGGCACUGGCAAGAGCCAGGACUUCUUGUUUUGGACACCAAUGGGAGCUGGGACUUCUUGCUUUGGGCAUUGGCAACAGCUGGAACUUCCUGUUUUGGACACCUUUGAGGGCUGGGACUUUCUGUUUAAGGUGCCAUUGGGCACCAGGACUUCCUGCUUUGGGCACUGGCAAGAGCUGGGACUUCCUGCUUUGGACACUUAUGGGGCCAGGACUUCCUGUUUUGGAUACUGGAGACUGGGACUUCCUGUUCUAGGUGCCAAAAGAAGCCGAUACUUCCUGUUUUGGACACCGUGGGGGGCCGGGACUUCCUGUUGCCUUGGCCAUUCCCGCUGUGCUGGCCCUUCCCGUCCAAAUGGUUCAUUAUAGACGUUCUUGUGAACCUGA